AUAUGUUGUCGACCGUUUAUACUCGAAUCUCUGGUUAUUAGUAAACAGUAUGUGGGCGUAUGCAUUGCUGAGAAGUGAAAGUAGUUGUGUAGGUCAAGUUCGUUUGCAUGCAGCUCGUUUGAUACAGUGGAUUAUUGGCGAGUAGACACCAAAUAACAUAUGGCAGUAAGAUUUUGCCGACGAAAACCAGAAGCUGAUCGCUUUGUCCACAGCUUAUGCCAUAUAACGAGCGGUUGUUUUGAAAUAAAUGUUUUGGGAUCACAAAUUUGUGACACUAGACAAGUAACCUAAAUUGUUUGUAAGGCAUAAAAGUUUAGUGAUGUUGACACGCAAACUGCUCAGUAAACUUCGACCUGUAGCACAUAAUGGUUGUGAGCUUCAUAUGUCCGUGUCGUAUAAGAAAAAAGUUAGCAGAGAGGUAGGAGAAGCGAUAAGAAAAUUAAAUAAAGAAAAUAAAAGCUUGUUUGGUGAACUUUUGGAAACAAGAAGUCAGAAACGAGCAAACGGAAAAUGUAACAAAAAUUUAUUUGCAAAUGCACCAGAAGAUAAGAAGAAAAAUAGUGCUACUGGAGAACUGCAGUGGACGCUGACGAGAAGUACUAAGAAUGUAACCAAGCUCCGUCAGCUGAGUAAUCCUCAAAUCCAGAUUAUAGUCAGGAAGGCGUCAAACCAUGUACAGAAAACAGAAACACCACCAGCAGCAGCGAAACCAAAAUUAACCACUGUUUCCGAACCAGACAGUAAAGUUACAGAGGACAUCGAAGGGUUGCUCCCAAAAUUUGAUGAUUCCAAUGUCCCACCAUUACCCAGUGUAACAGAAAACUGUAAGAAACAUACUUUGUUGCACUUACCAGACAAUGUACUGAAAAGCAUACCCUCCUUUCCAUUAUUCAACAAUGAGAAAAUUGAAGAACUCUCAACAUGUGGAUCAGAAAAACCUGUAACUGAAAAUGCCUGGAAAUCCGAAUACUAUAAAUAUCCAGCAGUGAGUAGAAUACUAAAUGCUACCAUGUCUGAAAAGUCACGGGUUGCUCUACGGCGAUGGCAACAGAGGAUGAUUGCUGAACUUGGCCAGGAAGGAUUCAUGGACCUCUAUACUGGUCAGCUGUCACAAGGGGAAGAGUUUCACACAGCAGUAUGUUCGUAUCUGUCUGGUAUUCCAGAGAGUGACUUAGUGCUGAAGUCUGAGGCUGCUGAAGGGUGCUGGCACAGUGUGCGUCACACAGUAUUGCAGGAUAUUAAGGCAGCAUCUCUGCUGGAACAGCCAGUUGUGCAUCCACAGUUGCGAUAUCAAGGCAUAGCAGAUUGUGUUGCCUGUUACAAGGGUAAACCAGUGCUGAUAGAAUGGAAGAAAUCAGACAAACGCAAGUCAUGUAUUGAACGAACGUAUGAUGCACCUCUACAAGUAUGUGCAUACAUGGGAGCACUUAGCUUUGAUCCUAGACAUGCUCAUUUACAGGUACAGGGUGGCCUCAUUGUGGUUGCUUAUAGUGAUGGCUCCCCAGCUAAUUUCUUUACGCUGUCAGUUGAUGAUUGCCAGAAGUACUGGCAGCAGUGGCUUGCACGUCUCCAACAGUACUGGCUGCGAAACAAAGAGGCAGUAGAAAAUGCUGCUUUGGCAGCAGCUGAGUAAGAUGAGACUUCAGUUGUGUUCAAAGUUAUUAUGUCAGUAGCAUGUUACUGCUGGAUCUAUAUAGAGGAAGCCCGAUCUUAUUUUACAAAAUAUUCCACUAAGUCUUAAAUAUAUUUUGUAUUGAAGUUUUGAAUGGAAUCUCUACAUCACAAUUUUUGUGGCUGUAAAUCAGUUUAUAUUGAAUAAAUGUUAUUGUAUUUA